AUGGAGAAUACAGAUGUCAGCCAAGCAUCGAUCGACACGGAACAUUGUCAAUCGAGCGACGCAGACACUGAAGAAUCGAUCGUUUCAUCCGGAACGUUAUCGAUCGAUACCACCCAGCCGGAAGCAGGUAAGUACCCUCUUACCGAUGCUAAUAAUGAGAAAGUAGUCCAAACUGAACCAAUAGGUCAAUCAAGCAACACUUCUAGCCAAACUAAUGAAAAACAGGGGACUGAAAUCCCUAUUAAGUCAAACUCUACCUUGAACAUAGGUAAAGAAAUUAAAUUGCCCUUGCAAGACUACUUAAACCCCGAUAGGACCUAUUCCAAUAGGUCCGUUAUCAGAAUACCUGACGACGUCACCUCGAAAACCAAGUUUAAUGUUGAUUAUUAUAAUAUGAUGCGUCGAAACCCUUUUAAAGGAUCUUCUCUAGAACAUCCACAAGACCACAUCGAGGGUCUAGAGGAAUUGAUUCCAGACGUGUAUAUUCGUUGCAGACUUUUUCCAUUUUCAUUAGAAGGGGGAGCCUUAAGAUGGCUAAACUGUCUACCAAGAGGAUCCCUGACUAGCUGGAAAGAGAUUAGAAAUGCUUUCCUUAAGCAAUUCUUCGACGAUACUCGUUAUUGGGAAGUGAGGAGGCGAAUCUCUACCUUCCGCCAAGAUCCUCAGGAAUCAUUCAAAAAUGCAUGGGGAAGAUUCAAGAGUUACGAACUCGAAUGCCCCCACCAUGGUUAUCCAGAACCACAAUUUCUUAAGAUAUUUUACAAAGGCGUUAUUCUGAGCUAUAAGACAACGCUUGAUACAACAAGCGAAGGGAAUUUCUUUACUAGAAAUCCUAUGGAAGCAAGACGCCUAAUCGAAAACAUGGCAAGAGGAAGAUCCUAUGAAGAAAUGGAUGAAGAAAAAGAAAAAGAAAAAGCUCUAAUCUCAAUAGAAAAUACUGAGUUAGCUGAAAUAAAAAAUUCCAUAAAUUCGCUUCAUUCUCUUCUGACAGAUCAAAAUCCACCUAAUCGGUGCCAGUACUUCCAUAAAACUCUUCCUAUAUCAGACGAUGAGCUCGACUUUAUAGAAGGAUUAGAUGAUACUGAUCCUCAUUCUGUGUUUAACGUCGACAGCUUUACACGAGACUAUGAAAUCUGUAUACAGUCUCGUACUGGAAGAGAAAAGUACAAUCUAAAACAGGCUCUUACAGGAAACCGUAAAAUGAAAUCCGGAUUCAACGGGAAAGUAAAUAGUGUUUACGGUGAGCUAAAUCAGAAGAUGGAUUCUCUAAUUGAACACCUACGGGGAAUGGAAGACAAAAUUGCUAACCUUGCAACUACUCUAAAAAGAGAGACAUGUCGUCUUCCUGGAAGGACCGAUGCUAAUCCUGGAGCAAACCGCCAGGCAUAUGCCGUGAUGUUACGAAGCGGAAAACACCUUGAAACGAAUCCCAGAGAAGAUGCCAGCAAUAAAAAAUUCAUCGAUAACACGGGAAAAAGAAAUUCCAACCCCAUAGAACUUCUCGACAAUGACUCCGACUCAGGAACAUCAGAACAAAGGAAAAAUUCUUCAAAUAAAAAGAAUCAGGGGAAGACUAUAGAUUUAGACAAAGAGAAUCCUGAUGCCGAAGUCGAAAUCGACCAUCUGGACGAACCAAAUGUCGAUCGAUCCUCUGGGAAGGAAAACGAUCGACCGUCUAACGGCACCAGCGAUGGCAAUACGCAAUCUACCAGGACUGAAAGAGUCUAUAGAACUCCUCCCCCAUUUCCUCCAAACAAACCACAAACAAAGAAAGCAUUGGAACAUGCAAUCUGCAAAAAGGCUUUUGACAAAAUCAUUCUCGAGAUGUCCCUCAGUGACGCUCUUAAGAUAGCCCCCUCGGUGAAAAAGUACGUAAAAGAUAUGAUAUCCUCGAGUGGAGAACAAAGCGUCAUGCUGGUGUCAGAGGAAGUAAGUGCGAUGAUACAAGGAGAAACUUCAAUCAAAAGGUCUGACCCUGGUAGUUUUGUCCUAGAUUGUAAGAUACAAAACACACGUUUUCCUCGAUCUCUUUGUGAUCUUGGCUCUAGUGUAAACCUCAUGCCACACUCUGUGGCAGUUUCACUAGGUUAUGAUGUAUUUGUUCCAACGCCUAUAACGUUAGUUCUAGCUGAUCGUUCUAUUAGGGUACCUGAGGGAAUCAUGGUAGAUGUACCAGUCAAAAUUGAUGAUUGCUUCAUACCAGCAGAUUUUGUUGUACUCAAGUAUAAACAAGUGCCGAAAGACCCCCUUAUAUUAGGACGACCCUUUUUAGCUACAGCAGGAGCAAUAAUAGAUUGUAGAGGAGGAAAGAUUAAUUUAAAUGUCGGAGAUAUAUCAAUGAACUUCGACAUGGAAAAACUAUUAAAACGUCCUCUGAUAGACGAUCACGCCUUUUACACAUAA